AUGGCUGACAAAAAUUCGUUAAAUACUGUUAACGACACUCGCAGCAAUGUCGUAGAUAAAACCUGCAGACUAUAUGACGAUAUAAAUCAAAUAAAUGCUUUGUAUAACGCCAUCAGCGACAACGGAAUUAACGACAAUUUGUUUUUCAAACUAAUGCAUUUAAACAUCAGAAGUUUAGUUCACAAAUCAGAAGACUUACUCGAUUAUUUAAACAACUUUUCUUUUAAAUAUAACAUUAUUGGUAUAAGUGAAACGUGGCUGAAUGAUGACAAUAUCAAGUUAAUAAAUAUUACUGGUUACGAUUUUGUUGGUAAAAAUCGGUCUGGUAAGCACGGUGGUGGAAUCGGUUUGUAUAUUGAUAACGGUAUUACGUAUAAAACAAGAGACGACAUCGAUAGCAUUAGCAGCAGAGAAUUAUUCAGCAUAGAAAUAACAAACGAUUGUUCCAAUAAAAAUGCAAUAACAUAUCGGCCUCCUAUGUAUCUUCAACAAAUCGAACAGGUACUACAAAUCAUAAGUCUAGAGAACAAAUUAGUUUAUCUGAUCGGUGACAUGAACAUCAAUUUACUUGAUGCUGAUUCAAAUGUCAGCAAAUUCCAACUUCAAAAAUUAUUAACAUCAUACAACCUAUCAACUUUAAUAACAACCCCAACAAGAAUAAGUUUAAAUAAAAAUUCAGUCAUUGAUAACAUUUUCACGAGCGAACCAAAUGCAGUAGAAUUAUGUGGUACACAGGUAUGUGAUCUUUCGGACCACCUACCAAAUUUUAUAAUUGUAAAUAUGAAGUCUAACAGAAUCAAGAACCAUUUUCUGAAGGAGAAAUUAUACUCGUUUACAAGUGAACGAAUCAACAGCCUGAACGAAUAUUUGAUAAACAUGGACUGGUCAAACGUUUUAAGGAUGUGA